GUGCAGAGUAUGGAACCCUCAGAGCAUCCAGAAACCUCUGGCUCUUUUCAGAUGGCCAAUGAGAAUGUGCAGCUAGACCUGCUAUCCACACAGACUGAUAUGGACCUGUUUUCUGGGCACACCGAUAUGGGCCUGCUGCCUGCUCAGACUGAUGUAGACCUACUGACUGCACAGAGUGAUAUGGACCUGCAGCCUACACAGACUGAUAUGGAGGUGACCUACUCAGGCUCACUGGGAACAGAGAGACAAAGUGGGCAGCAGCAGGCCCUUGAUGAGCUGACAACCUUUCUCACCCAAUCUGAAAGAGAGAGGCAGAAAACUCAGGACAGCCUGAACAUCCUGGGGGACCCAGACUCACUGGAACUGUCCAAAGCCCAGGUGGAGGAGUUUUACAGCCGCACAGUCCUUCCAGAACCAUCGGACCUUCAGGAAUCCUCAGACCUUCCAGAGCCCUCAGACCUUCCAGAAUCCUCAUACCUUCCCGAACCUUCAGGCUUCUCAGAAUCCUCAGUCUAUCCAGAACCCUCAUACCUUCCAGAGCCCUCAGGCCUGCCAGAACCCUCAGACUUCCAAGAGCCCUCAGGCCCAGCUACAGGCCUCAGUCAGGAUGAGUGGGGCGGGCAGGGCCACACAGAAGCCUGGCCAGAAAUGGCCGCUGAGCCAGGGACAAACAGGCUGGAGGUCACAGAGGGAACUCAGACUGUAACUGGGACAACGAUGACAGAGACCGGAGAGGAGCAAAUGGACAUAGUACAUGAAGAUCCCUCUGCACCUUCUCAAGAUGACGUUGAUCCAAAUAUGCCUUCUAUAGUCAGCGUAGAGGGUUCACACUCAGAGGAUGGUCCAGGCAAAGAGGAAGCCUUAUCAUUCUUUGGAUUGGUGCCAAAGGUAGAAGACACAGACACAGGCACAGCAGAGAAAAAUAAUGAGCGAGAACAGCCAGUGGGGGGCAGUAUGUCCCCACUAUCAUCAUGGGCCCAACCAUUGACACCAGGUGAAGGUAUGUGUACUACAUUUUAACAUUUUAGUCAUUUAGCAGACGCUCUUAUCCAGAGCAACUUAGUUAGUUAGUGAGUGCAUACAUUUUUCAUACUAGUAAGGAACUUUGGUUUGUAGGAUCUUUCUCCUUCCUAGUACUUUAUUAAAUAUUGUCUCAAUGUCACAUAUAGAAGUUUCAGUGCCACAGAAAUAGUUGGAGAAUGAUAAAGUGAAAUGCAAAACUUGAUUUAGGUUACAUUACACAUCUUUGACAAAUAAUUUGCAAUCACUUCUUCAAAUAGCCAUCACAGUUCACAUACAGCGUGCAUAUCUAUGUCAUGAGCAGCCUUUAGUUACUGAUGAUUGUGUUUGUUUCAGCUGAGGAACAACCUGAAACUGAGGUCGCCAUCGAGGAUGCAAAAGUUUCUCAAAGUGGUCAAAAUACUACGGUACAAAAACUACUUUCCAUUCAUUGCAGACAUUUUCUUUAAAAGUAAGUGAAUUUCUCUUAUUUACUUGUAUUUAUUGUAGGGGAGAAAGAGAGGUCGUCCUCGUCGUGGAGAAGUGAGGAAAAACACACAAUCCAUGUCUGAUGGAGGUAAAGCUGCUUAUGUUUAGUUCAUUAAUUUACCUCAGUCUUAACAACUCAUUAUGUAUGACUAUUUGUCCAUUUAUGAUUAUCAUGCUGCCCUAAGUGCAUUGUCUCCUGCUGCAGACCAGCUAACAGACAGCGACUCUGACGAUACAGCUGACGAUCCGAGGGACACAGACUUUGACCCUGCACGGUCAGGCCUCCGGCGCUCCACCAGGGCCUCCCAAAGAAGCCACAACACCCUGUCUCCCCGGCUCAUUGCCCCCAAGCCGUCUGGCCCUGCCUCUACCCCUGGGUACACCCAGAGGUCUGGAGGACCCCCUCCACCCCGGCCUCCACCCCCUCGCCAGCCUACCAGGGUCCUCUGUGCCAACUGUAGUGGAAUGCUGCAGAGCGGACAGACAGCCUACCAGCGCAGGGGUCAGCCUCAGCUCUUCUGCAGCUCCACCUGCCUUAACUCCUUUGGCAAGAAAGCCCCCAAGAAAAAGCCCUGUGCUUUCUGUAAAAGGUAAGCUUCUCAAUAGAUAUUUAAUGAAUGUAUUCUUAGCUUCUCUUUCCAGUAAGUACAGUGGAUCCAUAACCAAUUCCUCAUGUUGUUUCACAGUAAAGUAAGUGUAAACCUUGUGCAUUGUUUUGAUCUUAACAAUAUUUCUCUUUUAGGGACAUGGGGAAUAGUAAGGACACCAUGCUUGCACAGGUUGGCCAGUCACAGUCCUUCCAAGAAUUCUGCAACAACACUUGUCUUUCCCUGUAUGAGGCCCGGCUGGAGAAGGGUCCGAAACAGCCCCCCAAACCAAGUGCCCCUGGCCAAAGAUGCAGUGUGUGCAACCACAUGCGUGAGGUACCAAAGCUUUGACCGUAACAUUUGGGAUGAUCUGCUCCCAACCGAUUGGCUUCAUGUUCAACUCAAUAGGAAGAAACUCCAGUAGACAGUAGGAUGAUGAUUUAACACAGGAUGACUACACUUCCACAAUGCUUUGCUUUUGAUUUGAAAAUGCAGUAGGCUUUUUUGUCAUACAUUAUAUUUCACCAUACUUUAUAUUGAAGCUAUUCUAAAGACUGCAGCUUCUACUCUUGCAACAAUUUAUCGAAAAGCUUGCACCAGCCUUACCUACUCUGGUUUGAGUUUCCCCCCACCAUCUGUUAGUAAUUUGUAAAUUAGUACAAUAAAAUGUAUUCAAAAUAAGUAAGCACUUUUUAAUGGCAAGCGCUGCAAACCCACACAAUGAUGUGAUUAUGGUAUACAUUCUUUAAAGUUGCCUUUGUGUUAGAAAUGCUGGUUAGAGAUCUGAUCUGCACACUUCAAUCCGAGCUCAGUCUAUCUAGGGCGGGCCUCCAACCACCUGUGUUGAUGUGAAGUAUUUGUCAAGACGUGGGCUUUUCCCAGAAGGGACAACAAAGAAUGACUAAACACAUUUCACUGUGUCUUCGUGUUGAUAAUUGUAUCAUUGAAAACAGAUUUGUAUGUUCCUAACUAGGUGUACUGUAUGCUGUGAUUAUAGAGGAGGGGAAUUCUGUCAUUUUUAUAUCCAUAUGACAAGUUUAUGCUGCUGUGGGUCUGUUUGUAUGAUAUGAGCAUGCACCAGAAUAAAUCAUAGCCAGCUACAAGAUUUUGGUCAACUGAUUUAAACACCAAGGGAAGACAUAUUUUAAGUUAUAUUUGAAAUGAUCUCUGAGCCGGUCCUACAUUUCUUCCAUCUCCUGCCUCAGAUCAACCACGAGGUAACCAUGGGCAAUAUGAUUCACCUCAUGUGCAGCGAUGCCUGCUUCAACCGUUUCCGGGCUACUAAGGGCCUGAAGACCAGCUGCUGUGACGCCUGUGGCACCUAUAUCAACACCUUCACCUCCCGGCCCGAGUACCUACUGCAUGAGGGCCAGCAGAGGAGGUUCUGUAACUCCUCCUGUCUCAGACUCUAUAAGAUGGUGGGUGUGGGAAUUUAGUUUUCUUGAAUGUACUAUAGUCAUAUUUCUUCCUGAAAAUGAUAUGGUGUUGAUCUUAAUGGCUGCUGUGUGUUAUCUUUUGAUUUCAGAAAAACACUAAGGUGCUCUCGUGCCAGUGGUGUAGGACUCUGUGUAAGAACUUUGACAUGCUGUCUAAAGUGGAUCAGUAUGGCAAGACCAAACACUUCUGUUCUUUGUGCUGUAUCGCUUCACAUAAAGUGAAAACUUCUGUGGACACAGGUACCUUCAACUCUCCUUGGCUUGUUUACACAAUCUGAAUGGUGUGAUGUCUGACUGUGAAUUAGUCUUCAUUAUUACUAAUCUGCUUAUUUUCCAGUUCCCAGUGAAGCUUGCAGUUUCUGCAAAAGAAGCCCCUCUGAACCAUACUACUGUAAAGCAAAUGAGACUGUUUACGUCUUCUGUAGCCCUAGCUGUUGGAGCAAAUUUCAGGUAGGAUAGCCCCAUACCCUGAAUAGAGUUGGGACAACAUAACAAUCUACAAAUGCAUUGUCCAGUUUUUUGCAUUAAAACAUGUCUGCCAGAUGCUUAUACAACAUUUUAUUUGAUGUGGAUUUGUUUUCAAUGUGAAUUUUUAAUGCCUCAGUUUUUCAAUAAACCAAAUCAUUCAAAGGAGAUUUUUGAAGGAUUCUGAAAGUGAUUAAAAAAGGAACCGUUAAUAUUUACAGUUUGAUGUACAGUCUUGGCCGUAGGUGCCUGUAAACAGAAAAAUGCUAGUUAAAAUGCACACCAAGCUGCUGCAGUGGGGCGCUCCGCCUCACUUCUGGAGCCCAUUAAAAUAAAAACUAAUCAUAAAGCGCUUUAAUGUGGAGAGGGUCACCUUUUGAAAGCUUUCACCUUUAUUCUACCUAAAAGUCUAUGAAUUAGGGCUUGUUUUGUUCUUGAGAAACCUGAGCGGUUCUUGAGUCCAUUCUCUGGUUUAAUCCCCAAUUUAACAAAUAUACUCGCUCGCUUCUUCACAGCGCAACAGUCCCAAUGGAGGCAUUUACUUCAGCUGUCUCUCCUGUCAUAACAUGUUCAGUGGGAAACCAGAAAUCUUAGAUUGGCAGGUAAUUCCUUGUACAUACGUGUUUAUUAAUUUACUAGUCUCAACAUUGUGGCAAAAAUGUCUUACAGCUGGUUUAGUGAACACUGUUAUUUUAUCAAGACUACUCAAAUAAAAAGUACAUGCACCAUUCUAUUUCAUUUGCUUUCAGGACUCAAUAUAUCAGUUUUGCUGUAAGGAGUGCUGUGAGGACUACAAGCGCCUGAAUGGUGUGGUUUCUGUGUGUGAACACUGCAAGCAAGAGAAACCUCUGCAUGAGAAGAUGAAGUUCUCUGGGGUGGAGAAGUCAUUCUGCAGUGACGGUUAGGAUGAUGCAUGCAUUUCUUUGUGCAUUUUCUGAUUUAUUAGAUUUACAUGGAAACACUUUCCUGUGUGUCUAGGCAGAGACUUAUAAGUGUUUUGUCUCUUUUUACCAAGGUUGCAUACUACUGUACAAGCAAGACUUUGCUAAACAACUGGGCCUGUGCUGUAUAACCUGUACAUACUGUUCUCAGACCUGCUCACGGGCGGUCACAGAGGAACAGGAUGGAAACACGUGGGAUUUCUGCAGCGAAGAUUGUAAAAGCAAAUACUUCCUGUGGUACCUGAAAGUAUGUAUAAUCAAUCACAAUGCCAUAUAUACACCCUGACCAUAUAACUGGCCCUGAUAAGUUUUAGAUGCCUGCUGGUACACGGGCUGCAUUCAGUUCAUUCUCUGUCACUGUACAUAGUACAUUUGUUUGUGGUAAUCUAGACAUACUUGAUAGAGGAAUGGUAACUUCCAAAUGCAAACGGGCAGAAUAUGGUCAUGAUGUCAUGCAUGGAAAAAAUGAAUCAGAAUAAUAUGCAUGAUAUGUGAUCAAAUUGUGUGAGCAGUGUCAUAUAUUAACAUGCUACAGUGUGUACUGUAUGUAUGGUUGCUAUGGGUGUUCUGAGCCAUGUCUGUUCUCCUAGGAAGCAAAGUGCCAUGCCUGCAAGCGUCAGGGGCAGCUCCUGGAGACCAUCCACUGGAGGGGAGAGAUCAAACACUACUGUGACCAGCCGUGCCUCCUGCGCUUCUACAGCCAACAGAACCAGCCCAACCUAGACACCAAGCAGGGCCCUGAGAGCCUGCUCAACAGUGCUUCAUGUACACAAACGCAUGCAUGCACACACAACACACACACUUUUCAUAAACCCAAUCCAUACAUGGGAAUGAUUUUUAUAAGUACUCUUUUAUGUAAUCGUUUAGUGUUAGAUUUUUCACUGUUUAACAUAAUGUUACAAAGUUACUGUGAAUGCCUUUGUGAAAGUGUAAACGUGUUAGUCUCUCUCAGUAAUUGGCUAUUAAAAUUCUAUAUGUUUACUGGACUUGCAGGUAAUUCCCCAGAGUCUACAACUCCCCCUGCUGCUACAAAGACAAGUGAAGUAAGUGUGCUUUUUGAUUAGAUGCUCCAAAAGGUGGGGGGGGAAAUGCCACCGAAAGGAAACAAAAUGCAUUCAAUCAUGGCUUUUACCACAACACAUUUAUUGUGCUUCAAAAAAACUUAGCAUUACUUCAAAGUCAAAUUAACACGGAUACUUUUCUCUACAAUUAGUCUUCUGAGUAAACGUCCCAAUCUUUUUUCUUUUUGAUGUUUCUGUUAUUUUAGGCCACAGGAAGAGGUCUGACGAAGACUGUAGCCAAGCUUGCUCCUCCCGUCACUACACCUAUCUCCCAAAGGAACAAAUCCUCCAUGUGUAAACCCAUGAUGACCACUACCGGUGUCACAUGUAAACCUGAGAUGAAGUCCCAGAGUUGCCAGACAGGUAAUGGCGAACGUAAACCCAUCUCUCUCUCUCUAUGGGACUCACUGAUUAGUCUUAUACUGUAUUUAAUAUUAUACUAUUUAUACAAAACAUCCCUAUUCAUAUGUUAAGAGCUUUUUAGUUAAAUCAGGCCUACAACAAUUAUAAUUAGCAAUUGUAAAAAAGCACCUUCACGGUUUUCAGAAAUGUCUGUUUGUUUCAGAUGAUUUCUUGCAGUCCCCACCUGCGGUGUUGCCAGUCCCUGUGCCUGUGUUUGUUCCUGUGCCUUUGAAUAUGUACUGUCAAUACACUCCCAUAACAAUGGCCCUGCCUCUGCCGGUGAGUUGGUUUUGUCUAGGUCCUGUUGAGUAUUGUGCAAAAUCCACUCUAGGCUCAUCGUCAUUUAUUUAGAGUCUAGACUAGAGUAACUCUUAGUGUCCACCCAAACUUGUUCCGUAUGGAUGCCUACACACUAGUGCUGAGCGAUUUGAGGUUGGUUCUGUUUCCGUUUGAUUAUUUUAAAAUUAUCACGGUUUUCGCAAAACAAUUUUUAAACAUUAAAUGCGCUAUGCAUUAUGUGUUGAAUGCUGUAACACAAAAUGAAACAAUUAAGUCCCAUGAUGGUAGACUGCCCAUUACUGAGUAUCACUUAUUAACCAAGCCAUUUAUUCAAAUUACUUUUAAAAAUAAAAUAUUUCAGUUGUGUAUAUUACAUUUGUUUUAUUUGAUGACUUAAUUUUUUAUUCCAAGUCAUCUCAUCUCUACAAAUCAAAUUACAAUUGAUUUGUCACAUACACAUGUUUAGCAGAUGUUAUUGCGUGUGUAGCGAAAUGCUGGUAGAGCUGCUGCCUAUGCUGUCUGACAAUCACUAUUUUAGCAGUUCUUCAAAGUCAAGAAGGCAUACUUUUAUGACUGCUGAAUACCAAGUAUCAAUGACUUAAAUAAUUUAUGUUCAGGUAGAGAACUCAUGAAGCAACUGCUCUGUCAUUCAUUCUUAUGUCUCUUUUACGUAGCAGGCGUAAAAGAGAAACAGACCGGACAAGUAGGUGUGUCAUGGAUUAUGGUCAAUGUAGUUAAUUACAACGUUUAUUGUGCUAAACUGUGUAGAAUAUUGGCCUGUUGGAAACUACAACUCCCUACUGCAUCGCACAGUUCGGGCUUGGAUCUGAUUUAUCUCUAGAGAAACUGUGAAUUGAGCUCACACACAACGAACUGAAUGGAAUUCUAAUAAUUGAAGUCGGUCAAUUAGUUGUUUAAAAACCGAAAAAUAAAUGAAGUUUCAGUUAAUCACUCCGCUCUACUACACACUGCUGCAAUAGUGUGUAGUUCUCUAGAGUGACUGCCCUUUUUGUCUGCUUAUUGCUUUGCUCCUUUUUCUCUCGUAGCUCCCUGUCCCCAUGUUCCUACCUGUCACACUGGAUCACAUCGAUAAGCUUGUGGAAUAUAUAAAAGAGCUGAAACUCCAGAUCCCAUCUGAUCCACUGGAGGCUGACAUUCUGGCCAUGGCAGACAUGAUAGCAGAGGAGAAUAAAGGCAAGGGCUCCUCUGAUCUGUCUGGUAAUGCUCCUGCACUUACUCUUCUUAGUCAACUCACUAUUGAUGUUCUAGAUAUAUAUAUAAACACAAAGUUACAAUAAUUUUAUCUUUAGAUCUGGACAGUGAUCAGAAAGCAGGCCCGUUGCUGAGGGACUACAGCUUAUUUGAGUCUUCAUCCCAAGAUGACAUCCUCUCCAUGGCCGUCAAUAUGGAUGAUGUACUGACUGAGCCAGGUCAAGACCCAGGCGAUGAGCUCACCAAAGGCAGGUUAAAGCUUUAUGAUAUGAAACGUCUAAUGUGUAAUUUGCUUUGCAGUCCGAUGUGUAAACUUUCACUAAUUGCACACUCUCAACAAAGGGAUGUCUUAAAUAUAUAGAUGUGUGUGUAUGUAUGUAUAUAUGCAUAUAUAUAUAUGGGUGUGUGUGUGAUAUAUAUAUAUAUAUAUUAGUCCCAUUUUAAUUUGUGCUCUUUAGCUUCCCUGGACCUGAACCCCAAUGUUGAUUUCCUCUUUGACUGUGGGAUGCCACCACAUGCUACUUCACCAGAGCAGAGCUCCAACGUCGCUGUUCAGAAGGUAUAAUUAAACCCAGCCUACAAUAGCAGUGCAUUCUGUUUGCCUUGACUGUCAUAGACAGGACCUUGAUUAUCCCCUCCCUAAUUGACAAACCUUUUGUCUGUCUUUUAUAGACCUAACUUUCACUGUAAUUUUGUAUUGCAUUAAAUAGUGUCAGAAAAGAGUUGACUCUCGAUGUGAGAGACACAGAGGAAUCCCAUGGUAUGCUGGAAAUCUGAAAAUAGCUGGCACAAACAUGACAAAUGACUUGGUGUCAGACUUACCGGAGACCAGUGGUCAUGUUCUACGUACUUAGACAGGUGCUACAGGGUCCCGAAGGUGAAAUGGUUGUUGAAAAACAAAUCUAUCCCUGGCGGCAGGCAGGCAGGCAUGAUCCAAAACACGCGGCUCAUGUAACUUAAGUCCACAGUCACCAAACCUACAAGAUGGACAGCUUACCAAUGGACAGUGUCUUCGUACGUUUUUGAGAGUAUUUGAACAUAUUUACUGAGAUGUUGACUUACUGUUUCUCUUGAGUUUUGGUGGUCUCUUAGACCAGACAACGUCUUAAUGAUCGUUGCAAAUGUUGAAGAAUUUAUUAGGUACACCACCCCAUUCACGAAAAUGAUUCUCUCCUACAGACAGUGAGUCACGUGGCUGUGGCUUGCUAUAUAAAGCAGGCAUCGAGGCAUUCAGUUCCUGUUCGAUUGAAAACGAGUGACCUAAGCGACUUUGUGUGUGGUAUGAUCGUCGGUGCCUGGCGCGCCGGUUCCAGUAUCUCAGAAACUGCCGGCCUCCUGGGCUUUUCACACAUGUCUAGGGUUUACAGAGAAUGGUGCGACAAACCUAAACCAUCCACUCAGCGGCAGUCCUGUGGGCAAAAACAGCUUGUUGAUGAGAGGUCGAAGGAGAAUGGCAAGAAUCGUACAAGCUAACAGACGGGCCACAAACAGGCAAAUAACAUUUACAUUUUAGUCAUUUAGCAGACGCUCUUAUCCAGAGCGACUUACAGUUAGUGAGUGCAUACAUUUUCCAUACUGGCCCCCUGUGGGAAUUGAACCCACAACCCUGGCGUUGCAAGCGCCAUGCUCUACCAACUGAGCUACAGGAGGCCCUGUAACAGCACAGUACAACAGGGGUGUGCAGAACGGCAUCACGGAAGGCACAACUCAUCAGUCCUUGUCACGGAUGGGCUAUUAUUGCAGCAGAUGACCACACCGGGUUCCACUCCUAUCAGCUAAAAACAAGAAGAAGUGGCUCCAGUGCCACACAAUUACCAACACUGGACAAUUGAGUGGAAAAACAUUGCAUGGUCCGACAAAUUCCCGGUUGAUGUUGUGUCUGAUGGCAGAGUCAGGAUAUGGUGUAAGCAGCAUGAGUCCAUGGGCCCCAUCCUGCCUGUUGUCAACGGUACAGGCUGGUUGUGUAAUGGUGUGGGGAAUGUUUUCCUGGCAUACGUUAGAUCCCUUGAUUUACAAUUGAGCAACUUUUCCAUGCCCCAAAGAAUUUGGGCUGUUAUGGAGGCAAAGGGGUGUCCGACCCGAUACUAAAUGGGUGUACCUAAAAAAAAAAAACUAGGCUCUGAAUGUAAUGUGUGCACUGUGAAGAGAAUAUAAGUAACUAACUACAGUAACUACCCCUUAACAGGUCAUAGCAGUGUGAUGUCUAAUAUAGGCUUUGUGUCACAGGGGCCCAAGCGUCAGGCCAUGCCAGAGAUGACUUUACAUGAUCCCCUGGACAGUCAACCUCUUGGUGCUGGCUUGAACAGCUCUAUUGGGGUCGAUGCCUGGAGGUCAUGGUCCCAAAGCAAGCACUCAGAUGCUGAUGAUAGAAAACGUAAGAUGUUUCAGCUGUAGUGUGAAAGCUGAGUUAAUAGAUAUCUCUUAACUGGUAGAUGGCUCUUUGAUAGCGCUCCUAUGAGUUUGAUUGGUCUCCUAUGAGUUUGAUUUGAUCUCGUAUGAAUAAAAUGGGCAGUAACGUUUCAAUGUAAUCCUGAUAAUAGAGUGCCUUUUUUAAUUGUUCUCCUAUACAGAGAAACCAUUAGACCUUCUGUUAUGUAGUCCUGAGGAACUGAAUCAUGGCCUGUCACAGUUUGUCCAAGACAUUGUUCAUCCCAGAGGCCCGUGCUACAAGCCUGACAGCGUAUUUUACCUAUGUCUGGGGAUUCAACAGGUCAGUCCCAAUGUUUCAGUCAGGUAGUUCAUCUAUGCAACUUGUCUAAGAAUCCCUUAUUCAAAUCUUAAGUAAUUACAUUUUUUUGAAAAGCUGGUUGUCUGUUUAGCAAUGUCAAUUUUGUUUAUACAGUGUGUUCAACCAACACAUUUGAUCACAGUUGUCUUGUCUAUUUUCCAGUAUCUCCUCGAAAACAACCGGAUGGUGAAUAUAUUCACAGACCAGUUAUAUGUUACCUUCGCUCAGGAGCUGAAUAAGAUUGUCAGCAAAUGGCUGCCUUCUAUGUCAGCUAAUGGUGGGUUCAUAAUAACAUUUCUAUUUAUUUUUCACACAUUGUGUAUGUGUUGUAUUUGGGGUGUAUGUAAUGUGUUUGCGUGUGGUGUUUGGGAUGCAGGUGAUCUCGUGUCUCGUGUCCUGGAGGAGCACCUGUGGGAGUGUAAACAGCUGGGUGUGUACUCACCCUUCGUCCUGCUCAACACCCUCAUGUUCUUCAACACCAAGUACUUUGGCCUGACUACCGUGGAGCAGCACCUCCAGCUCUCCUUCUCUACAGUUACGCGCCAGGCCAAGCGGAGAUCUACACCACAUGGCAUGGUCAAGUCAUCUAGUGUCUGCUACCGCCCCAAAUCACAUCACAAGAGAACCAGCAAAGGUGAGAGAGAUUACAAUAUUUGUUUUCUGUGUAUUGUUUUGGUUUAAGAACGUCCAGUGAAUGAGAAGUGUCAGUAUGCUUCGUAGCCCAUUGAAAGAUGGGCUAGUUGUCAUUCCCAGUAACCACUGAGACAUUGUUUUUUUUUGGAUCGUGACCCAUGACCCCAGCCUGGGGGGAAGCAGGUCACCUAUCUUGAGUUGUGCCACCUUUCAGCUGAAUUACAGGGGGCUGACAAGGGCUGACAAGGGCUAGGGUAUGGAGUCAUUUUACACGAAGAACUACAACUUGCUGAAAUUGAAUCUUUGAGCACACAAGUCUAGUUUAGCGUUAUGAGGUCCAGUUCAGUGGUAAGAAUGUAGGCUAUUUUCCAAAACAUCCUCAAAGUACUCUACAUAUAAUUUGGAUGUAUUCCUGACCAUUGCGUGGUAGGCUCAUUUGCUUUUAUCUGCUGAGGAAUUAUGGGGGUUGACAUUUUGUCUUAAAGUAACUUAGAGCCUGGGUUUUUCUUAUCCUUAUCACUAUAGUGUGUUUUAAAGUGCAAUUAGAUGAUGGUGAUGGGUAAUUUUCAUAGGGAGGGACCACUACUCCUAAACAUGGUGCUGCUGACCCCAAAGAGCUUCCACUGAAGCUAAAUGAGUAAAAAAAACAGUUGAACCAAUUAAAACCCUCCGCACUGCAUUGGCUUCCACCGAUCAAAUAACAUGGUGCUAAUGAAUUGGACUGCCUGGAGGAUAACACUGCAAUGCCUGUGAAAUUGGCCUGGUGCCAGUUGUUUAUUUAAAACAUAUAGGCUAGCCUAGACCCACACCUCUAUCCUCUUCAGUGUUUUUAUGUUUACUGGCAUGUUCUUACUGAAACAGAAUCACGUGUUUUAACGUAGGUCUAUUUUGAACUCGGCCCGACCAUCAUUCUCUGCAUAUCAGUGUCACUAGUUAGAUUCCUCAGUGGCUUUGUAGGUCAGUUUGAAAUUGAUCUGUUUGGCACUACUUUUGUGGUUUUAUGCUGAUGGGCAAAAUACUAAUUUAAAAAAGCUUUUAGUGACAUUCUGUCACCUGUUGACAUUUGUGUUCUAUGGGUGCUUGUCUUAAAUAUUACAAAUAAGUGAGGCAGCUGUUGAUGUAGGAGAAGGAUGUUGUUGGUCCCUUCCCCCCCGGUUGGUUCAGUCAUACUGCUAUUUUCAGUGUGUCUGACAGCUAUUUAUACCACAGAAUGAUUUUUUUUUGAAGAGCUGCUCUCAGCAUAGGUGUACGAUGGUAUGUGUCUUAGAACACUGUGGUAUGUGUCUUAGAACACUGUGGUAUGUGUCUUAGAACACUGUGGUAUGUGUCUUAGAACACUGUGGUAUGUGUCUUAGAACACUGUGGUAUGAGUCUUAGAACACCGUGGUAUGAGUCUUAGAACACUGUGCUAUGUGUCUUAGAACACUGUGGUAUGUGUCUUAGAACACUGUUUGCCAAGGGAAAACCAGGAAGCUAAAAGUAGCUGUGGAGCAACUGAGUCGUGCAACAUGAUACUAGAGAAUCUCUGACUGAAUGUCUGUAACGUGUUUUAGAUGUAGCUGCACAAUAAAUCAAGUCCAUACAUCAACGUUGGAUAAAACACGUGCUUCUGACCUUAGGCAAAUUCAUGACAUCAAAGUACCCUGGUCUUUGUAGGAAAGACCCUGUCCAUUGCAAAAUAAUAUUCAUUUUAUUAACCUUUUUUAUAAGUAUGACAGUGACAUGGGUUUAUGAAAAACAUAGUUAUUUUCAUCAGAAGCCACACCACUGUUUCCCAUAACUGUCCGGCCAUCCGCUUCGUCAGUUUAGCUUGGCCCUAACUGAAGCCAAGUGUUAAACUAAACGCCCAGGGGUCAGACAGUGAAGUGAGCCUGUACUCUGUUCUGUUCACACACAGAGGUCGGCUUGGGAAAGAGGAAACGGGAUGAGUCUUCUGAGCUGGAGCAACAAGAGAACCGGAUGAACCCUCUCAGAUGCCCUGUCAAAUUCUUUGAGUUCUACCUCUCCAAAUGGUAAGGAAUGUGGACUGUCCAGGUAUGCAAAGCAGGGUUUGAAACACCAGUUAAAGGCCUUGGACUGUCCCUGGCUGUCAAAGAUUCAGAAUUUGUUUGAUACAUUGAAGUCAAUGUUCCCUCUAAGCUGUGUGUGGACGCACACCACCUCCAGGACAGCCGUGCAGAAGAAAUGCCAGGCCGGUCAGAGACGAAAGAGAUUGAACUUUACUGAGUUCACUCCAUUAGUUUGCACUAUAUAGAUCAAGGUUUUUUCUGUGAUCGAAUCAACAUUAUAUCAGCCCCUUUUCAAUUCAACAAACCAAAAAAACCUAAGUUUGCAAGAUUGAGUCUGUGAUUUUGUUUUAGGCAGAGCCAGAGCGCGAAGGAGUAGAAUUAUAUUGGCGGGUUUAGCCCACGAGCGGUCUUUCAAUCACCCGCGAGUGAAUGCGCUUUUCAGAUCAGAGCGCAGAGCUGCGUGUGCACAUUUGUUGAUAUUAUUUGCUUGUUAGCGCAGUUAUAGAUAAGUAUCGGUCAGCAAUGGGGAGUUACUGCUUCCUACAAGAGCACAAUGUCUAGGCUUAGGCUAUAUUUCAAGCUGUCUUUGAAAAGCCAGUCAGGUAAAAAGUUUGUCUUAAUUAAAGGGGCAGUGUUGUAUUUUGAGACAGGCUUGAAUGUGCAAAUAAGCCAAUAGGCAGAGGGGUAGCCUACAUUGUCUAAUUCUCUGUAUGGUAAUAGUAAUUUAUUGUUUUGUAAAGGGGUUUCUUGCAUCAUACAAUGCAAUUUACAGUCACCUAUUUUGGCCCAUGGUGUUACAGACCAAGUAAAAAAUCAUUAAUGUCAAGCCCUUUUUUUAAAGUCUCAUGCAAUGUAUGCCUGCAUUGAACACCACAUAUAGGCUACUGUAGGCUAUAUCAUAGAAAGAAAAAGCUAUUUCCAUGUGAAAAUAUGGGAUUUGGUCCAUUGGUUUUGUUGGUAGGCCUACAUUAUGUUCAAAUAGCCACAAUAGCCUAUUGGCUACUGUCUAAAACUGUAAUGUGUACAGCCUCAGUGUUCACUAUAAACACGUGCCGGAAGUUGCACAAAAGUCUCACAACAUUCAAGUUUCCGCUCACAAGACCUAAAAUUUGCCCAGUGCCCCAAAAAAGUAGAGGGUACAUUGAUUGGAAUGAAUGAAUAAAUAAAACGGUACAGUUUCCUUUUUUAGAUUCACAUAUGGUGUCUGUCUUUGUGUUCUUACAGCUCUGAUGGUGUGCGGAGCAGCUGCAGUGCGUUCUACCUGCAGCCGGAGGGCACAUGUAUGGCCGAGAGUUCUCGCUGGUACUCUGACGUCCCCAUGGACAAGGGCAGGCUGGGAAUUAUGCUCAACAGGAUCCUGGCUGUCAAGGACGUCUAUGAAGAGCACCCGGCACAGGGAGAUAUGGACUGACAGCCGCACUGAUAGAUUGCACAACAAGUUUAUAUAGUGUACAUUGCUUACAUGGAAGCCGCUAGCACAAGGGAUGACGAGCAUGACUGCAAUGCAUUUUUGUUCCAUGUUUUUUCUAUGUCA